AUAACGAACGUGGAAGAUCGCCAUUAUCGUUUUUUCUCGAGGAAUCGGCGAGAUUUUAGGUAAAUUUCAAGCUAUUCGAACGUAUGAAACAACUAAUCUAACUUACUAAGAAAUUAUGGCUUUAGAUACUUCAAAAAAAUCUCAAGUUCUCGACAAAAUAUUAAAGGAUGUCAAGUUCGAACGCCGCAGAUACGGAUGCGGAGGAUAUGACAUCUGUGGAGGGAACGGUUGAUGCGACCUUAAUGGAUUCUAUGCAAGUUAUAUAUUCUGAACAUCCAUUUACAUCCGUUAAAGAAGAGGUAAACACAACCUAAAGAUUAAUUCAUUUGAAUUUUUGUAGAUAUUUAAUUUCGAAAUUUGUUUCAAAAUCUGGCAAAACAAUUCAAGGACUAAAUUAUUAAAGUUAAUCCAGCCUAACUAGUAAAUUUUUAAAGAGAUGAUUAAAAUAUCAUGGGUGCAGCAGGGAUUAACUGUAUGUUUUACUUCUAAAUAGUUUUUGAUUAGGGCCCAUUGACAACCAUUUAUGAGAUUUGGAAGAGGAAUAGCUUGAAUUUGCUUUAUAUUUGUAAAGCAAAUUCUUUCUUCGUAGUCAUUCACUAAGUCAGAAAGAUUAUGCUUAAUUUUAUAAUAGCAUUAAAAUUUCCAUAUAAAAAUUAUGAUAUUAAAAAAAAUAUUCCGUUUUAUUAGAAAAUUUUAAAUUCUGAGACAAGAAGUAAAUAAGUUUUCUUUUUAGCAUAUCGAAUUACCUUCCAAGAGAAUGCGGCUAUCUGAAGAGCUCACGGCUGAAGCAUCUAUUAAAAGUUUAUUGUACACAAUUCAAAAAACUUUAAGUAAUGUUGAAAAGAAGAUAGAUAAUUUAGAAAGAAGAGUUGAUAAACAGACUAAUGCCAUAAAAUUAUUAGAACAAAAAUUUGAAACGUCUCAACCCCGUCAAGGUGUCUACAUGAAUCAAAAUAUAAGUAAACCGACAACGUCUCAAAAACGCUCUUACGGGAGUUUGCCGAGUUCACCCACAUCUCCAUCGCCGGAAGUAACUAACCCGGCUGAUGCAAAUGUAUCGCAAAAUGUAACUCUCAUCACUCUAAAUAACGAAUCAGACUAUCCUAAUGGAUCAUGGCUCGGUGAUGAAAAUAAUCCGAAUCUACGAGUAAGAACACCUGUUACACCAGCUAAUUUAUUGCAUGUAAAUACAAACUGUAGAUCAGCUGAAAAAAUGGCACUUACACUGCUGGACUAUUUAUUUGAUAGGGAAACGCAGGCGGUCAGCAAUUUAUCGGGUAUGGGAAAGCACGGAAAAAAACAGCUGGAUCCUUUAAUGAUAUUUGGUAUAAGGUGUCAUUUAAUUCACAAAUUUAGUAUAUCAGAAGGCGAUUGGCAUCGAAUUAAACAAAAUAUUGAUUCUAAGUGUCGAACUGCAUUCAGAAGAAGAAGUAAAGGAAUGCCAUUAACUGUAAAAGCUUUCAAAAAUCGCCCCAACACCAACUCAUCUUCUUCAGGGAAUAACACUACAUAUGUUACAAAUGAAUCUAGUGACUUAAAUCUUGGAAUUGAAGGUGUAGAUAUGGUUUCGUCACCUAACAGUGAAAUUCAAGUUUUCCAUGCUACACCUGAACAAUUGGAGGCUUUACGAACUGGUCAAAUUCAAGUUGUUCAGCAAACUGUUGCAAAUAAUGAUGAUGUCCAGAUUUCAGCUGUACCUUUAACACCCGAUACCUUUCGAAUAGUUCAUGCAGAAGCUUCAGAUGGCGUCUCUGCAUCAGAAUAGUAGCAAAAUUUUUACUGAUCUCGGGUAUUUCUGUUCUCUUAUAAGAUGUUGAUUCAUAAUAUAUCACAAAAUGCUUGAAAGAAACAUUUUUGUACAAUUUGCUCGUAAAUUUUAAAGUUAUACCAACACAAUGUGCUUACGUUAAUUAUUAUUCACAUUGUAUUUCAGCACCUGUAAUGUUUCCCUAACGCAUGUUAUAUGUGUUUUGAACUAAUUGCAUUCUGUGCAAUUAGCUGUUAAUUUAAAUUUCCGCUUGCAUGCCAAAUCUUGAUUGAUGGUGAUAAUUUUUUUUUAGCUAAAAGACCAAUUAUUUACAGCUGUGCAAUGUGUAGACAGAUAAAGUAUUUUUUUAAGGCGUUAUUGUAUACUUUUAAGAUAUUUAAGAGUAGGAUGUUUUGUUCUUAUGGAAUUAAUGUAAAACUACUGAAAAGUUAUUUUUAAUAUUAUAUACACCUACCGUUUACUAUUUUGAAUUCAAAACAAGCAAUUUUAUUCUUAACUUAUAUGCAAUAUAUGUAUAUACAACAGAG